ACAUACGUCCGCCGGCAGCUAGUGCUCCAAUCCAACAUGUCGGCUACGGCUGUGUUCCCCAUGUGUGUCCGAGCGAGCCGCGGCCUCCUGCGGCUCCGGAGCGGGGCGGCGGCCUCCUCCUCCCCGGCGGCGGUGGACAUCGUCCGGACACUGUCCGCGGAGAAGCCGCCGGCCGCAGCGGGCGGUGCGACGGGCGGGCUGGCUCAGGCGAUCCUCCAGGAGCGGCUCCGGCAGCAGCACAGUCAGGGCCAGCCUCCCCCCGAGGGAGGUGAGGGUGAGAAGGAGGGAGAACAGACUGAAGACAAGAAGACGAAGGAGAACACCGCCUACGCCAAGAAGAUGGUGCUGCGGCUGGCGGGGCUCAUGGGAGUCGGCGGGGCGGUCGGCAUGGUCUAUUUAUUCGGCUCCAAUUCUGUGGACGAACAAGGAAACAUGAUUCCAGAUGAGUUCGACAGAGAUCCUCCAGUCGUCCAACAGUUGAAAAGAACCUACAAAUAUUUCAAGGACUACAGACAGAUGAUCAUCGAGCCGACGAGCCCGAAGCUGCUGCCCGACCCUCUGAAGGAGCCGUACUACCAGCCGCCGUACACUCUGGUGCUGGAGCUCACCGACGUCCUGCUGCACCCGGAGUGGUCGUUGUCGACGGGUUGGAGGUUUAAGAAGCGUCCGGGCAUCGACUACCUGUUCCAGCAGCUCGCUCCGCUCUACGAGAUCGUCAUCUUCACGGCGGAGACCGGCAUGACGGCGUAUCCUCUGAUCGACAGCAUCGACCCUCAGGGCUUCGUCAUGUAUCGUCUCUUCAGAGACGCAACGCACUACAUGGAGGGGCAUCAUGUUAAGGACGUGUCGUGUCUGAACCGGGACACCAGUAAGGUGAUCGUGGUGGAUUGUAAGCGGGAGGCGUUCAGCCUGCAGCCCUUCAACGGCAUGGCUCUGAAGAAAUGGGACGGGAACUCGGAGGACCGAACGCUCUACGACCUCGCCAACUUCCUCAAGACCAUCGCUCUGAGCGGAGUGGACGACGUCCGUUCGGUGCUGGAGAACUACGCUCUGGAGGACGACCCCAUCGAGGCCUUCAAACGCAGACAGGCUCAGCUGGCGCAGGAGGAGGAGCAGCGUCUGGCCGAGCUCGCCCAGCAGAAGAAACAGGGACUCUCUCUCGGCUCCAUCGCCUCGCGGUUCUGGCGCUCGAAGCAGCAGUGAGCCCCGCCCACCCUUCCUCCUCACACUUCCACCAAUCGCGGCUCUCCAUCUGCGUCGAGGCGAGGGGCGGAGCCAGAGGCCAGAGGGGGGGGAGACCCGCGGGCUGCAGCUGAGCGUCACAAGCAACCAAAUCACGUCUCUGCGGUGCUGGAACAUUCGCCGAGCCUCUGCACCAACGAGAGCGGCUCCCCCCCCCUCUCCUCCCAUGGUCAUCUUGGUGUCACCUGAUGCGUCUCAAGCUGCUGAUUGGUUUAAAAAAUAGAAAUAAAACCAUGAGAGAGAGGAUCCAGGUCAGGAUAAACUCUUGUUGUUGGUGGCUGGAGGCGGACCUCGCCACUCGCAGGAUCUGACGGAGCGCUCUGUCCUGUACCAGAAUGUGUAUUUUAUUUUAUUUUCUAUUCGUGUGUGUGUCGGACUGUGCAGACGGGCUGCUGGAGAUGGUGUUAGAAUAAUUAAUAUUGUUUAUAUACAAAAUAAACAACAAAUAGUAUACUUAAGAGUUUAUUGAGUGUGCGGCGGCGGCGGCGUUGACGGGCAGUCGGCUCGGCUUGCGGCCGCGAUGAAGACUGUAAAGGCAGCUGAGCCACUUCACAUGUUGGUUAAAGUAUCAGUCUGAUGUUAUUCUACAUUUUUCUUAUUGUCAACAACUCCCAUAAAACAAACGACCCAAAUCAACAA